AUGUCCGAUUGCGACGGCGGAUCAUCACACCGGCGUUACGGUGCAUGCCAUUCUCUCUUCUCUCCGCUCAUCACCCUCGUCGCCAACCCAUUCUUCCCCGUCGUCGUCCCGCUCAACACACAGGCUGUGACUGGCAGUAUCUCAUCCGGGCUGGCCAACUGUUGGGCACCCAAGGCCGCAAGAACUUUGAGUCGUCUCCACCUUCAGCCGCGCCUUAAUACCGGGUUUCUCGCUCCCCCACUGGAACCACCGUAUUUCGCUUCAGUGCGCACACGUGCAGUGGCACUUCGCUUCCAGAAGCGCCACAAGGGAGGGAAGCGAAGAGCCACUGUUCCGCCACCCUCGCUCAAACGGCGAUGCAUCGAUAUCAAAGUAUCAACAAGGUCACGCGUCCAAACGCUUCUUGACCUCCAACCACCAUCUCCUUCCCGCCCAUCUUUGACGGUGCUGCCUCGUCUAGCCCCAGCUGCUCGUCGUCGACUCAAGUCGUUGUGCGUCGCUGUCCCCGACAUCAUUGCCCUUCUUCCAUGUCCGACCACAUAUCCUCGCCGCCCUACACCCAAGUUGCUGCAUAUCACCCGGCUUUGGCUGCCAUUGCCAGCGCUAGCGUGA